UCUAGCUUUAGACAUGACUUCGCUUACUUACUGCUAGUCAAAGCUAUCAGAUGCAUUUGACAAAGGGCAUCACGCCAACGACCCUAACCGGGUAAGGCCGAGAUUAUCACGCUGUCAGUGUCUCUAGUCGAAUGAUAUAUUAUUCCGUCGCGUUCCUGUACAAGACUUUGUAUAUUCUUUUUAUAUUUCUCCGAUAAGAUAAUUGCAGUGCUCCAUACUACGUAUCGAGUUUUUGUUCAGGGUGUGCCACCGUCAUGAAGGCAGGAGAUCAUCAACAUCCAAACCCCAAGAUAUUACUGUCUUUCCGAUACAGUUGACAAUGUCUCCAUCACGGCCGCAAAAAAGGCCCAAAACUCUGCGCAAAUGGACUGUGAGAUUGAGCGCGCUGUUUACCAUCAUUGCGACGUUGUUGCUACUGCUCGUCGAGCAACCAUACUCUUCAAUAAGAGAUCUUAAACAACAUCACUUACCAUCAGUUCCCGACUAUAGUUUGAUAAGAUCACCCGUCUCAUUAUUCAGUGCUGAGUCGGCGGAUAUUUGCACUCCCGGGUAUAUAUUCUCUAUCCCAGAUGGCCGUUCCCCCACGAUCGUUGAUCAGAAUGGCGAGUUGAUCUGGCGGGAAAGACGCAAUUCAUUGACGCAAAAUCUUCGCGUCCAGAUGUUCCGCGGUCAGGACUAUCUCACAUAUUGGAUCAAAGAGCCAUAUAGCCAUGGCUCAUAUCAUAUGCUUGAUUCUAGCUAUACGACACGAUAUAUCGUGACCCCCGUCGGCAGGAUGAUUGAUUCCUUGCACGAUUUCACGAUAACACGCCGCGAUACUGCUCUGAUAGCAGCAAACUACAAACGCCGAGCCGAUCUCUCCGUCAUCGGUGGACCAAGAGACGGAUGGAUUCUGGAUGCAGUAUUUCAAGAAAUCGACAUCGUCACGGGGAACUUGCUGUAUGAGUGGAGGGCUGCUGAUCAUGUGUUUAUCGCAAAUACACUACAAGCACUUGAGGAUGGCGAAGGAACAGAGGACCACCCGUUCGAUUACUUCCAUAUUACCGGCGUUGAUCAAGGCCCUUCGGGUGCUUACCUCGUCUCAGCGGGGAAUAUGCGCGCGGUGAUGUCGGUUGAUGCAACUUCUGGUCAAGUUCAAUGGAACUUGGGAGGGCACGCCAAUGAUUUCAGGGCUGGUGGUCGUCCGGUUGUUGAUUUCGUAUGGCCACAUAAUGCGCGAUGGGGUGAGAAUGCAACUGUGGCAGUGAUGGAUAAAGCGGAUUCAGGUACAAAUGAUCGCGGCAUGGUUAUUCAAAUAAAUCCGCACACGGCGCAAGCUGUUGUACAACAAACAUUCAACAGCCCAAAGGAGCCAAAGGGCUUUUCUGCAGGAGACAUUCAGGUCUCGGAGGGAACAGGGAAUGUGCUCAUUAGCUGGGCCGGAGGUCGCGGGUUCAGUGAAUACACCGCUGACGGUGAACUUUUAUGCCAAAAACACAUUUCGGAUAAACUGUCUGGUUUUAGGCUUCUGAGAUCUGCUGCUUCAUCUCGUGUCUCUAAACACACAUGGACCGGAAAGCCUCUAACAAAACCCAUCAUCAAAACCUCCGUACGCAGAUUACAUGUCCAGUGGAAUGGAGCCACUGAAGUCGCCGAAUGGCAACUCCAAGCCCGCAAGCAACUUCUUCCAUCUAAACACAAUGAUCUCCAAGACCACGAAAUCGGCCGCUUCAAAAAGACCGGCUUUGAAACUUCAUUCACAGUGCCUCCGCUCAAAGGAAGUAGUGGUUACUUCCUCCGCAUUGCAGCUCUAGACCAGCAAGGACAGAUUAUAGGCUAUUCGGAUGAUGUCGAAUGGCAAGAGGCCUGGACUGGCAGCGAUUUGUCUCAGUCUCAGUUUCGAUUUUUGGCUGGGGUGUGUUUGUUUGGCGGGUUGUUGACUCUAUUGAGCACGCUACAUAUUCAUAUUCGAUUAAGGAAUCGGGAGAGGAGGAUCUUGUUACCUUUGCAUAAAUUAUGA